AUGGCCAUACGCCAGGUGAAAUUUAAUAUGAGUGAGCUAGCAAAGCGUGCAGCUGAAUCAGUCGGCUUUUCAAACGAUCAAUGCGUUAAUGUUGAGAGACUCCCGGACGGCAUGUUCAAUAAAGCUUUCCUCUUCACCAUGCAUGAUGGUACAAAAGUUGUAGGCAAGGUGCCAAAUCCGAAUGCUGGACGGCCACACUAUACCACAGCCAGUGAAGUGGCGACGAUGGAUUUUGUAAGGAAUAAGCUGAGCACUCCGGUGCCGAAAGUUUUGGCUUGGAGCUCUCAAGCAAAUAAGAACCCAGUUGGUGCAGAAUACAUUAUCAUGGAGAAGGUUGGAGGGGUUCAACUUGAUAAAAGAUUUGAGCUCGUCAAGACAAUAUCAGGACAUCAAAGGGCCUGGAUGUCAAAGUCGUUCACUCAAUAUGGGAGUCUCUAUUAUUCGAAAGACUUACAUAGUAGCCGUGGGUGCAUUUUCAUGGAUGAAGACGGGUCUCAAUUCGAAGACGACCGAUUUGCUAUCGGUCCAUCAACAGGAAGAGGGUUCCUUGACGACGGAAGGAUCGACGUGGACUUCGAUGGGGGCCCCUGGGAUAACCUGUACGACUACAAAUUAGCAGUUGGGUUCCGAGAACUCGCCUGUGUACAGGAUAUGCCCCAAUUACCCCGGUCACUCCUGGGUUUAUAUGGCCCCGGCACAUACCGUCGCUCACGAUCGAAGAAAAUAGCUGCUAUUCGGGACUAUCUCCGCAUGGUGCAUUUCUUCCUCCCAACGGAUGACUCAAUAUCGUCCGCAUUCUUAUGGCACCGUGAUCUCCACAUUGAGAAUAUCUUUGUCAAUCCUAAAGAUCCAUCCGAAGUUGUAGGCAUCAUUGACUGGCAGUCCAGUGAGGUUUUACCUCUUCUUGACCAUGCGCGUCAGCCAUAUUUUCAUGACUAUAAUGGCCCUCCAGCAACUGGCCUUGAUCCACCGGAAUUCCCGCGCGACUUUGAUCAGCUUGAUGCUGACGAAAAGAUAAAGGCUGAAAGGCUUUAUUUGAACAUGUCUCUCGCGACUCUGUAUAGAAAGCUCACGUAUGGCAAGAAUAAGAGACUGUUCAAAGCUAUGGAGUUUCAGAAGCCAUCGAGCUUUGACAUGAUGCUAUUCGCUCAGAAUCUGCUAAUCGAUGGGGAGGCUCUAUACCGGGCAAGGCUCCUUGAGCUUGAAGAAGAGUGGCCAUGUCUCCCAGGCGUACAGGCUUCCGGAAAUCCACCAUUUCCAUUGCAAUAUACUACUGGCGAGGUCAAUUCCAUUCACGAAGAUGCAGAUAAGGCAUCCCGAAGCAUGGAGCUGAUGAAGGGCGUGAAAGAGUGUCUGGGUGAACUGUGGCCAGCGAAAGGCAUCGUGCCGCCUGAGCGGUAUGAUGAAGUUAGGGAGCUUCUCAAGCACGUCAAGACAGACUUGACUGACCAGCUUGCAAAUUCUGAGGAAGAGAGAAUUGGUUGGGUAAAGGCAUGGCCAUUCGAUGACUGA